AUGCUGAGAGAUCAGCUGCAGAAAAGUUUAGACAAACAUCCUUUGAUAAAGAAUGACACCGCCACCGUGUUCCCAGAAACUGGACUCCCACGAUUUCAGCUCGACGUUCUAUUUGAACCGCUCAGCGAUGCACGAUGCUACGUUCUUGAGGAUUUCUCCAAACGUCAAGGCUACGCUCGUCCCGAGCUUCCGGAUGAAGAGGAUACCGUUUCCUGGGACGACCAGCCCGCGUACCGUCCCACGAAUCCGCCUCAACGGAACACGAAUCUGCUCCCUCAGGCAAGGCAGCCUCGUCCUCAACCCACACCGGCGCCUGUGCUCCGACCGACGCAGCGACCAGCUCCGGCUCCGGCCCCGGCUCCGCAACCUGGUCAUGGAGGAGAUGACUACGACGAUCCUGCCAACUGGCGUCUAGAGGACUCCAUUCCUGGAAAACCCGAAUCCGAUUACCCCACAUACUCGACCAUUCCCCAGACGUCUUUCGACUGCAAAGGACAAGCACCCGGAUACUACGCCGACACCGAAGCUCGCUGUCAGGUGUUCCACGUUUGCGAGGCCGACGGCAAAAAGAACUCAUUCCUUUGCCCCGUGGGAACAAUCUUCAAUCAGCGUUACUUCGUCUGCGACUGGUGGGCCAAUGUUGACUGUCAGUCUUCUUCAUCGUAUUUCGGACUUAACAAUGACCUCUACAAGGAAGAGCCACGACAAACGCCCCGGCCCGCUCCGGUUCCCGCGCCUCUUCCCGCUCCAGCUCCAGCCCCGCUUCCCGCACCGGCUCCGACUCGGGCACCCAUUUCCAACACUCGCGUCAUCUCUCAGGGUCGCGUGACUCAGCGUCCCUUCGUUCCUGGACCAGUCGUCAGACCGCCUCCUCCUCCUGCUCCCAUCCAAACCCCCCCUCCUCGUCGGGGAGGAGGCGCCUACUCGAACGAUUUCGAUGAUGCCGAGAGCAACGUUUCUCCACACCGUGUCUGGUACUACCGGGAGUAA